UCGACAAUACCGAAUAACAACGACAUUAUAUCGAAAACAAUAGUCGAAUAAGCCACGUGUAAAUAAAACUGACAUUGCCCUUGAAACAGCGUAACGUCGUAAUAAGUAUCGACACAGUCAAGUACAAUCGAAUCGAAGUUGCGGAGCGCAACUCUAGCUGGCUGGCGGCGAGCGGCGGCUGCACGCAGGUGUUGCUUGUGCCUUGUUUCCGAGCACAUUCGCGCCCAGACCGCCGGACGCGAUGGGCGUUCCCCACGUCGGUACGACCGUGUCUCCCGCCGAGCGAGCGCUCGAGCGACCGCGACGACCCCACCUGUUGAUCGUCGACGAUUCCAGGGAAGCACGGGCUGUCGAAGGAGUGUGGCCAGCCGAGAGUUUGGAAGGUCCGUCAGCGGUGCGUGGUAGCUCGGUGGACUACGCGGCUGCGUUGCUCCUAGCAGCAAUGGCUGCCGUACUACUCGCUGCCGUGGGCUACCAGUGCGCGGCUACAUGGAGGUGGAUUAUGGGCAGAUCCGUUUGGUGCAGGACUCGGCGGGACUCCGAGGAUAGUAACUGCGACUCCCUCUCGCGACAAGCCGCCAUCCGCAUCAGCCACUCCCUCCCUGAUCUGCAGACCGAACCCCUGAAGCAGGAGUACGUGCAGGAGCAUAAGGAUCCUGCUAAAAAGGUUCUUCGCCAGACGACCCUGCCGAUCGUCCCGACUCGCCACCAAACCUUCCAGCGCCAGCUAUCGCACAGGCUCGACCUGCCAUCCAUCCAGUUCAGCAUCUGCAGUCUGGAGAGAGCUGACUCCUCCAUUGGACUCAUCAAGCCGGAACUGUACAAGAACGAGUUGGUUCGCCAGUCGUCCACGGACAGCGCCGAGUUGGAGUUCUGCGGGAAACUGCACUUUGCUCUCAAAUAUGAUCAGGAAGUCGAGGCUUUGGUGGUCAAGAUCUUUGAAGCUCGUGAUCUGCCGAUUAAGGACGUGACUGGCAGCAGUGACCCUUACAUCAAGGUGUUCCUCCUUCCUGAUCGCAAGAAGAAGUUCCAGACUAAAGUUCAUCGCAAGAACCUGAACCCUGUCUUCAAUGAGACCUUCUUGUUCAGCGUGCCCUACGAGGAACUCCGUCAGCGUUACAUCCAGUUCUCCGUAUACGACUUCGAUCGGUUCAGCCGUCACGACCUGAUUGGGCACGUCGUGCUCAAGGGACUCCUGGAGUCAGCUGAUCUUCAACAAGAGAUCGAAUACACGAUGAAUAUUCUGGCUGCGCCUCAGGAGAAGAAGGAUCUUGGGGAGUUGAUGCUAUCGCUGUGUUACCUGCCCACUGCUGGCCGGCUUACGGUCACUGUCAUAAAAGCUCGAAACCUGAAAGCAAUGGAUAUCAAUGGAUCUUCAGACCCCUACGUAAAGAUCUGCCUGAUCUGCCAGGGCAAGCGCAUCAAGAAGAAGAAGACGACUGUCAAGAAGAAUACUCUGUCGCCCGUGUACAACGAGGCUCUUGUCUUCGACCUGCCCGCUGAUAACGUCUAUGACAUCACUCUGCUUGUCAAAGUUAUUGACUACGAUAGGAUUGGUCCCAACGAGCUGAUUGGCUGCACAGCCAUUGGCUCUACCUUGAUUGGUAUUGGCCGCGACCACUGGCUACAAAUGUUGGACAACCCGCGCAAACCCGUCGCCCAGUGGUACCCACUCAACAAGAGUCCUCCUGCGAACAUCACUCUACCCAGCAAUGAUGCUCAGAACUCAGGACUCAGCUGCUUAAAUGGAAGAUGAAGAGAUGGCGUAAAAAUGACUGAAGAAACUACCAUCAAUUUAUUGAAGGCUUGGACGUGAACAGGUAUUCUCCUGAUGCCAAAUGCUUAUAGUAAUGUGAUUAUCAUACGGUUGUAGGUCCCAUUUACUGUAGCGAAGAGAAUCAAUGUUAACUGAUAUUGUGUAGAGAAAGAAUAGAAUAGAUGUGUUGAAGUAGACGAAGAAUUUAUUCAAUAGAAAUUCUAAUUGUUUAUACAUAGAUGGUGUAUUAUUUGUAGGCGUAGUUUGGAUAUAACGUAAUCAUAUCAUUCAUACAUUUCUAUACUAUUUGUCUAUACUUUAUUAACCCUGUAUUUUAUCACGUUUAUACAAUAUUUCUAUUUACACCUCGGAACGCACACUUUGUAUUCAAGACUUACUCACGUCAUGAACAUAAUUAUAUAAUUAAAUAUAAAUGUUGUAUAGUUGUUGUCUUUAACUUUAAGCGUGUUAACUGUCACAUCUAACUCUUACUACUGCGUUUACGAUUUGUUGAAAAUGUAUGAAUGUUCCAAACAUUCCUUUGUCGGACAAUAAUUUAGAUUUCAUUAUUAUAUUGGUAUUACGCGAAAUAUUAAAAGAGAUACAUAA